UAACCGUCGAACUCAACGACACGUCUUUCUACAUCAAGCGCUAAAAGAGCAAAACGUAAUCGAAAUUAAUUAAUAACGCACAUGCAUACCCUUAACCCCCGAACUCUGAUGUUACUCCUUUCAGCUAGCCAAGUACGUAGCAUCCAGCGUACCAAAAUGGAAGACUAUGAACUUCUAGUCGACCCUCAGGAGGUGUUUUCACUGCGUACAACUGCAAAAAGGGCACACACCCGUCUGCUUAACACCGUCGCUGAUAUUCUAAACAGAGCUGCACCUCGUCAGACCUUAAACAACGCUGUAGCGGCUUUGCAUUCCGCCUAUGACCGAGUGGUCGCCGUCCACAACCGUUACGUUGAAAUAACAGACUUAGACGACCAAGAGCUACACGCCGCAGAUGUCUACAUUGAAAAUAUUCGCAGCUUGCACGAUGGCUGUCUGGCCACAGUCGCGGAAUCAGCGCGAAACCAGCAAAUCCGUCGCCCAUCUGUUUCUUGGACUAUUGAAAACUUAGAUCGUCGGCUAUCUGCUGGGUCAAUCACUACGCAAGCUAUCACACCAAACGUCGCCCCAAUUACGCAGGCGCUACAAACCGAAGAACAACAGCCGCCGGGUAACGGCAAGCGUGUGCAUGACCAGCAAGGCGCACAAGAGAAUGACGACAUUGGAGCAGAAUGCUCGAAGAGUUUUUUUGGUCCAACCAACCCUGAACGAGAUAUAUACGAGUCAGCAAAACGGCGAAAAAUAAAUUUAGAAUUCCAGCUGAAGAAGCAAGAGUUGCAGCGAGAGCGCGAACAAAGGGACCUCCAGCUAAAAUACGACAGAGAGCGAGAGGAUAUAAUGCUAGAAAUACAAAGGCAAUCUCACUUAAUGGGUGAAUUUGUCCAACCCGGCGAGCCGCAGCACCCGUCCACACCAACGCAGAAGUCCGCCACACAGCAAACAUGCACCACCAAACCAAUCGCCGGCCCGUCUACGUACGUGCCGUCACACGGAUGGCCUAAGCUGCAGGUAGCCAAAUUCGAUGGGGAUCCGCGCAGCUGGACAAAAUUCGCACAUGGCAUCAGCGCCACCUUAAGAGAUACUAAUAUGCCCGAAUCAUAG